GUUGCAUAAUUUAAGCGAAGUGUGAGAAUCGGCGUUUGAAUCACGUUCAAUAUUACAGAAGUUCUUCUUUAAAACAAGUAGUACUCCAGUAUAUCUCAGAGAAAAGUAGAAAAUUGUGCAUUAUUAUUCAAAGGAAUUGAUUGUGAAAUUUGCUUUCGAAGAGGUGACAGUGUGGUGUGCUACGUAAGUGUGUAUGUGUGCAGUGGAAUAAAGAAUCUAUUUUGUCUCGUCUCUCCGGUCUCUAUCUUGCUUGACGAACAACUUUGCUUGCACGGACGUUCAAAGCAGAAAGCACCAUCAUUCAAUUGAUUCUUUACAGUUCGGUUCGUUCGUCGCGUUAGGAAGGUUGUGUUAUCUAUCUCUGGACACGCGAUUUCCAACAAUCCUUCAACCAGUGAGGAGCGCUUCUAGAAGAAAAGGAAAUCCGUGUCUUUAAGCAAUUUACAAAAACGGCGUGAAUCUUAUGUGAUUUCGAGUAGAGUGUAAAUUUUGCUGCGCCAAUCUUGAACUAUCCGGCGAAAUCUAGUAGUGUAAGAGCAAUGGCACUUGGAACGGAAAAAGUUGAAGAUUCUGCAUCGGCAACGAUUGCCAGUAAGGGAGGACAUAUGGCAAGUUCAGAAUCGAAGAAAAAAGGCAAUGGUAGAAAGCAGAAAAACAACAAAGAUAAGGAAUCGACCCCGCCGCCCGCGGUGAACGGAAAGACUAAGGAUUUGUUAGUCAAUGGGCAUGGUGCUGCCGCUGAGAAUGGAAUAAACGGACAUACCUCGGAAACGGAGUUAAACGGCAAAAGCGGUGGCAAUAAUAAGAAGAAAUCGGACGGCGAAGUGAUGGAAAUUAUUCAGGAACAAGGAUUUACGGUGCAAAUUCUUUCACCGGGCGUUGAAUCGCUUUCAAUUCAGGUUUCUAGCAUGGAACUGGUGCAAGAAAUUCAUCAAUUGCUAAUGGACCGAGAAGAUACGUGCCAUAGAACGUGUUUUUCGCUGCAGUUAGACGGAGUCACUUUGGAUAACUUUGCUGAAUUGAAAAACAUUGAAGGACUGAAGGACGGUUCGAUCAUCAAAGUUGUAGAGGAGCCCUACACGAUGCGCGAAGCCAGGAUCCAUGUGCGUCAUGUAAGGGAUUUAUUAAAAUCGAUGGAUCCUGCAGAUGCUUACAAUGGAAUAGACUGCAGUUCGUUGACCUUCUUGCAUACAAUCACGCAAGGCGACAUCCUAGAAAAGAAAAAAGGCCGUUCGGAUAGUGUGGAUUGCACUCCACCAGAGCACAUCAUGCCUGGAGCCAAGGAUAGACCAUUGCUUCCUCUACAACCUGGUGUGGGGAAGAAGGGACCGCAACCGCUAAAGGUGCUGACAACAUCCGCCUGGAACCCUCCGCCAGGACCUCGAAAGCUGCACGGUGAUUUGAUGUACUUGUACGUGGUAACCAUGGAAGACAAAAGGUUCCACAUAUCGGCAUGCCCACGUGGUUUCUUUAUCAACAAGUCCACGGAUGAUACGUUUGACCCACGUCCAGACAAUCCGAGUUAUUUGUGCCAUUCAUUGAUCGACCUGCUAGGACAAAUUUCACCCACGUUCCGUCGGUGCUUUGCACAAAUGCAGAAAAAACGAACUCAACGACAUCCCUUUGAGCGCGUUGCCACGCCAUAUCAGAUCUAUACCUGGUCAGCUCCGGCUCUGGAGCACACGAUUGAUGCUAUUCGUGCAGAAGAUACUUUUUCGUCCAAGUUGGGCUACGAGGAGCAUAUUCCCGGUCAAACAAGAGACUGGAAUGAAGAACUGCAAACGACGCGGGAGCUGCCAAGAGAAACGCUACCCGAACGAUUGCUUCGUGAACGUGCCAUAUUUAAGGUUCAUAGUGAUUUUGUGACGGCUGCCACCCGUGGAGCUAUGGCCGUUAUCGAUGGAAACGUAAUGGCAAUUAAUCCAGGGGAGGAUGCCAAAAUGCAGAUGUUUAUUUGGAAUAAUAUUUUCUUCUCGCUUGGGUUUGAUGUACGAGAUCAUUACAAAGAGCUCGGUGGAGAUGCAGCAGCAUUUGUCGCACCAAGAAACGACCUGCACGGAGUUCGUGUUUACUCGGCGGUUGAUGUUGAAGGUCUCUACACACUCGGAACGGUCGUUAUCGACUACCGAGGAUAUCGCGUGACGGCGCAAUCAAUUAUUCCAGGAAUCCUAGAGCGAGAGCAGGAGCAAUCGGUAGUUUAUGGGUCAAUAGAUUUCGGAAAAACUGUACUCUCACAUGAGAAGUACUUAGAACUGCUGAAUAGCGCUGGAAAGCAUCUGAAAAUACUGCCACAUAGUGUCUUUAACGACAAGGGUGAACAAAUCGAGCUGUGUUCCUCCGUAGAAUGUAAGGGUAUCAUUGGAAACGAUGGGCGGCACUACAUUUUGGAUUUGCUGCGCACUUUCCCACCGGAUGUUAAUUUCCUAAAAUUGGAUGAAGAGCUCAGCAUGGACUGCAAGACGCUUGGAUUCCCAAUUGAGCAUAAGCAUAAACUUAGCUGUUUGCGGCAAGAGUUGCUUGAAGCAUUUGUGGAAAGUCGUUAUUUGUUGUUCAUCAAACACGCAGCGUUCCAGCUGCAACAACUGAAUACGACAAAGCGGCAGCAGAAACAGGAACCGAAGGACGAUGAAAAAGUAGAAAACACCAAAGCAAUUGAAGCGGCCAAGGAAGAUACGACGAAGCCUGCAGUAGAAUCGAAUAAUAAUGUCGACUCGAAGGAAGAAUCAUCCAAAUCAGAGGAGUCCACCGAACUACUCAAAGAAAAGCCUACGGGAGUGCCAAAGGUAGAAACGGAGGAAGCCAAAAAAUUAAUGGAAUCGCUUCUCUCUAGUGAUGAGAAGAAUGAAAGUAAGGAAGUAGUUAAACGAGCUUGCGAAGCCGUUGGCUCACUAAAAGAGUAUGAAUUCGACAUCCGCUUCAAUCCGGAUGUGUACUCGCCAGGAAUCAAGCAUGUGGAUGAUCCAAACGCAGCCAAUUCGUUGAAGAAACAAAAACAAUUGGUGAAGGAUGCCGCCGAGUUUUUGGUGAAACACCAAAUUCCCAGUUUUGUGCAUGACUGCUUGGACCACACGGCCGCUCCAAUGGAUGGAACAACAUUGACGGAAACUCUGCACAGUCGCGGCAUAAACAUACGCUAUCUUGGAAAAGUAGCCAACCUACUGGCUAAAAUCAAGCAACUCGAAUAUCUUCACACGAUUGCAGUCUCAGAAUUGGUCAACCGAGCCGCGAAGCAUAUUUUCACGACCUAUAUGCAGAACACCGAAAUGAUGAGCAUGGCGUCGGCCAUCAGUCAUUUCCUAAACUGUUUCCUGACUACAACGACCGCAGUGUUCCAUACUGAAUCGGAUUCUGUAACAAAAUCUGGUUCGUCCAGUAAGCAACAGCGUCGUCAAAACAAACGAUCCGGUGCCGGCAAGGGUGGCAAAUCCUCAUUCCAGUGUACCCAAGACAAUAACGAAUGGCAGCUAUUGACGCCUAAAUCGUUGUGGAAUCAAAUACAGCAAGAGCUCAAAACCUACUGGGACUACGAUCUGCUCCCAGCCAACUCUCAUGAUUCUGUCGAACCAAUAGUCGCUCACUAUCGACUACAGAAAAUCAGCCUCCUGCGUGCAUUUUGUCUCAAGACCGGCGUUCAGAUUCUGCUGCGUGAAUACAACUUCGAGAUGAAGAACAAGCCUACUUUCGGCGAGAAUGACAUCGUCAAUGUGUUCCCGGUGGUCAAGCACAUCAAUCCGCGGGCUUCGGAUGCGUACAAUUUUUACACCACCGGUCAGACGAAAAUACAGCAGGGGUACUUUAAGGAUGGUUACGAUCUCAUCAGUGAAGCACUGAAUUUGUUGAAUAACGUUUACGGUGCGAUGCAUCCGGAAAAUGCACAAUGCCUGCGCAUGCUGGCUCGUUUGAGCUACAUAAUGGGUGAUCCACAGGAAGCAUUAGCCAUCCAGCAACGAGCAGUGCUCAUGAGCGAACGGGUCAAUGGAAUCGAUCAUCCGUACACGAUUGCUGAAUAUGCUCCUCUCGCACUAUACUGCUUUGCUAACAGUCAGAUUAGCACUGCCCUCAAACUGUUGUAUCGCGCAAGAUACCUAGCCACAAUCGUGUGUGGUGAAAACCACCCGGACAUUGCUUUGUUGGAUAGCAAUAUAAGCUUAAUACUGCACGCCGUUGGCGAGUACGAAUUAUCACUACGCUUUCUUGAACACGCACUGGCGCUGAAUAUCAAAUACUACGGUGACAAAUCGCUUAAGGUCGCCGUCAGUUACCACCUGGUAGCACGCACUCAGAGCUGUAUGGGUGACUUCCGUUCGGCAUUAAAUAAUGAAAAAGAGACUUAUUCGAUCUAUAAACAACAGCUCGGUGAAACGCACGAAAAAACUCAGGAAUCUUCGGAAUGCCUGCGUCAUCUAACCCAGCAAGCUGUGGUACUGCAGAAAAAGAUGAAUGAUAUCUACUCGAAUGGGAAGCUAACAAGCGGGUUGCCGCCGAUUCACAUUCAGCCACCAUCGAUGGGUUCAGUGCUGGACAUGCUGAACGCAAUCAAUGGUAUUAUUUUUGUACAAAUCAGUUCCAAAGAAAUUGCCAACUUGAAAAAUGAAAUCGAAAAGCGUCAAAAGGAGGGUGGAGCCGCGGAAUCAGCUGUGGUGCAAGCCAACCAGGAGGAGGUUGAUCGUAUGCUGACCGAGACAAUGGCCAAGACUGCUGCCGGAAUUCCGUUUGAGGAGCACGACAAACAUGAACUUCCUGUAGCUGCCAAAACAGAGCAGAGUAGUGCACCAAGAGAGGCCAGCACUGAGCAACAAACAAGCUCUUUAAGCUGAAAGAACAAUCCGAAUCAUCUUGUUGGGCAAUGAAAAUCGCGGAACUAGCUGCUGCGCACUUUUUGCGCUAAUCUACUAAUCAUCGAUCAAAACAAGCUUUUUCUUAGUCGGUAGAUUUUGUUUGAUUACUUAGUUAUUUGUAGUUCUCGUAAACGGUGCAUUUAGCAAUUGUACCAGAUGUACCAGAAACUACAUCACUUUUAGUUUCAGUAGAAUCCUAGUUUAUAGCAUACCAACACUCUCCAUCAAAUACUAAGUUUUUCUCUAGUAAAUAGUGGCUAAGAGCAUAAACGCACAUAACUUUGAUGCCGCAAUAAUAAAUCAGUUCUGCCUAUUUCCGAUGGUGACUAGAACCUCACUCGUAGCGCAAAAGAUUAAGAUUCUUUGCGUAAUCGUUAUAGCGAUCUAAAAUUAACGCAGACAUCCGUGCAAUGAAACUUUGUUAAAGUUUUUUUUAAUUAGAAUCAAUUACAGCACCACAACCCGUCAGAAAUGGUGGAUGAAAAGAUCCCAAAUAGCAUAAAAACUCGCUCUAGUCAGCGUCCAAAACUUUCACAUCUUCUUUUACUUAAAAAAAUAUACCUACGAAAAAUCACAUGUGAUCGUGAUACGAGCCACUACACAGACAUAGCCUAGAAAGCAAACAAUUGUUGUACUGAAUAAGAACGUUCAUAAUUAUAAAUCUGCUGCUGCUCGUGGUGGCAAUGGAAGCUCUAGCAACCACUUAACAGUUAGGAGCAUGAUAAUGCAGCAACAACAAUAAUAAAUAAUAGUGAGUAGUGUUUAGUUAGUGAUAUACGAGUUAAAUCCCCGUAAAAAAUAUUGUAUCGAAAUUUUGUAGGCUUUCAAAUUGAGCUGAAACUAAAACAAACAAAAAUACUGAACAAUAAAAU